AUUCAUGACAUGUCUUUAGUCCGCCCAGUGUAGAGUACUCCUCCUGGCUUCCUGAAUUGAAUUUCUUGUCGGAGAGGGUCCAACAUCACUCUACCACCAGUUAUGUUGUUUUCCGGACUGUCCUGAAAGAAAGUGCCUUCUCGACCUCCUAAUUGCUGUCAGAAUGUCAUCCAUAGACCCAUACCAGUACAUCAUAGUUGAGCAUCAGUAUUCUCAUAGAUUGAAAGUGAUUGUGGUGAGAGCUGAAAAUGUGACUAAAGGAGCAUUUGGUGAUUUAUUGGACACCCCGGACCCUUACGUGGAACUGUCAAUUCCAACCACACCAGAGUCAAGGAAACGAACACGGCACAUAAAUAAUGACAUUAACCCGAAGUGGAACGAAACUUUUGACUUUGUAUUGGAUCCCAAUCUACCCAAUGUUUUGGAGAUGACACUGAUGGAUGCUAAUUAUGUAAUGGAUGAAACUCUGGGCACAGCUAAAUAUUCCCUUACAAAGCUCAAAGUGGGACAGACAGAGCAAGUGGCCCUCUCUAUCGGCAAGACGACCAAAGUGUUCCUUGACUUGUCCUUAGAAGUGUGUUCGUCCACAGACUUGCGCUUCAGCAUGGCACUGUGUGAUCAGGAGAAGCUUUUUAUGAAGACGCGCAGAGACAGAGUUAUGCUCAGCAUCAAGAAGCUUCUCAAAAUGGAGAACCCACGCUUCCUUCCAGCCUCACCAAGAGAGGUUCCUACUAUCGCCAUUGUGGGCUCUGGAGGGGGUUUCCGUGCGAUGGUGGGCUUCUCUGGUGUGAUGAAGGCUCUGUAUGAAUCGGGGGUGCUUGACUGUGCAACAUAUAUGGCAGGACUUUCUGGGUCAACGUGGUAUAUGUCCAUGCUGUAUUCGCACCCUGAGUUUCCUGCGAAAGGCCCAGCGGAUAUUAAUAAGGAGCUGAUGACCAGGGUCAGCAAUAACCCACUCAAACUGCUCCUGCCCCAAAAUGUCAACCGGUACGUCAAAGCACUGUGGAAGAAGAAAUCGGCCGGACAGCCUGUCACCUUCACUGACAUCUUCGGGAUGUUGAUAGGAGAGACUCUCAUUCCUGCGAGAAUGGACACUAAACUGAGCGCCUUGCAGGGAAAAAUUAAUGAAGGUCAGUGCCCGAUGCCUCUCUUCACCUGUCUGCACGUCAAACCUGAUGUCUCUGAGCUCAUGUUUGCUGACUGGGUGGAGUUCACCCCAUAUGAGAUUGGCAUGGCCAAAUAUGGCACCUUCAUGUCUCCAGGACUGUUUGGGAGCAAGUUCUUCAUGGGCUGUGUUGUGAAAAAAUAUGAGGAAAACCCCUUACAUUUCCUCAUGGGUGUGUGGGGGAGUGCUUUCUCCAUCCUCUUUAACCGGGUUCUGGGGGUGAAGGAGACAGCCAGCAGUAGCACAAUGGAGGAGGAGUUGGAGCAAAUUAAGCCAGAGCAUAUUGUGGGUGAUGAUUCAGCAGAUAAUGACGAGGAAACUCAAAGAGGAGGCACGGAGUCAGCAGAGGCAGAAGAUGAGCGGCAGCGUCAUGCUCAGGCUAGCUGGGUUCAGCGCAUGUUGACCUCCAUUAUGGGGGACAGCACCCUUUUCACCACACGCGAGGGCCGUGCCGGCAAGGUGCACAAUUUCAUGCUGGGACUCAACCUGAACUCUUCCCUGCCCUUCUCUCCCUUCAGCAACCUGAUGAGCCAGUCCUCUGUGGAUGAGGAGGUUGAUGCUGUUACAGAUCCUGAUGAGUUUGAGAGAAUCUAUGAGCCUCUAGAUGUGAAGAGUAAAAAAAUCCAUGUGGUGGACAGCGGGUUGACCUUUAACCUUCCCUAUCCUCUCAUUCUGCGACCUCAGAGAGGAGUUGACCUAAUCAUUUCCUUUGACUUCUCAGCCAGGCCCAGUGACUCCAGCCCGCCAUUUAAAGAAUUACUGCUGGCUGAAAAAUGGGCCCGUAUGAAUAAGCUGCCAUUCCCUAAGAUCGAUUCGAAAGUAUUUGACCGAGAGGGUCUGAAAGAGUGCUAUGUGUUCAAACCCAAUAAGGGAGAAAAGAACUGCCCCACCGUCAUUCAUUUCGUCUUGGCCAACAUCGACUUUCGGAACUUUAAAGCCCCAGGAGUUCCUAGGGAUUCAGACAAGGAUAUAGAGUUUGGGGACUUUGACAUAUUUGACGAUCCAGCCUCUCCCUUCUCUACUUUCAACUUCAAAUACUCUAACCAGGCCUUCAAAAGGCUUCAUGACCUAAUGGAGUUCAACACACUCAACAACAUUGAGGUCAUAAAAGAGGCUAUUAAAGAAAGCAUUCUGCGGAGACGAGAGAACCCAUCAAACUAUUCGGUUUCCCUUUCCCUCAAUGAAAUUGAAAACAAGAAGUUCUUGAAACGGGAUACCAGCUUUGCAAAAUGACACACCUAACUGAUAGUUAUGCAAACAGCUAUACGCAAAAGCCUUGACAUGUGAGAUGCCAUUGGUCCACUGGUGCUUGAUGGGAGUCAGUGAGCAGAUUCCUCAGAAAAGACUGGAUUGGCCUUAUUACGGGGUCGUUUUUAUGUUGCAUUCCAGAAGACUUUGAAUUAUAUCACCUCUUACUUUAAAUUAAGAAUAAUAGAAAUUACCAAAAAAAUUAAAUAAAAAUAAAAUCUCAUUCAAAAUAUUUACAGGAACUAUAAUUCAAGUAAUGCCAGCUCUGGAAUGUGGAAUCAGGAAAAAAACGAAUCUACAGACAUUUGUUUUUUUUUAAUGUUCUGCACUCAGUUUGGGGUAAAUUCUGUGGAAUAGAUUUAAAUAUGGUAAUAUGUGUUAACUGAUCUGAGAGCUGAGAGUACUGCGCUUAUCGGUCACUGAAAUUACCCAAAAUAUUUAAUAAACAAGCACUCAAUGGGCAGGGGACAUGAAACACUUUGUAAAUGAGAGCCAUUCUGUGAUUCAGUGGACCAUUUUCAACUUUAUUUCAAAAUUAUUUAUAAGUCACUAUGUGGGCAUAUUCUCCACACCUUUAAUGUUAACAUGCUUUCGAUUCUGGCUGUGUGCUUCUCUAAAGAGUCAAAUACUGGCAGCUUUGUUUUCACUUAGUUAAUAAUGUUCUGAGAGUAAUUUAUGGUCUCAAUGGUGGCUUGAACUUCAGGACACGCUGUUCCUUAUGUGUUUCUGCCGAUGUGAUUAGAAAACAAUUUCUGUUCUCUGUUCGGAUUUACUGUGACGCACCUAUGACCACUAGAUGGUUGAUGGUAAGCCCUGCCUUCAGGAGGAUUCAUCUCAUAUUUUAGCGACAGAUUCAUUACUUAGGAACUGGAUUUAGCUGCUUUUAUUUAUUUUGCUUACAAAUGUCUCCUGUCUCCUUGUCUCCUGCCCAAAGGGGUGACAGGAAGAAGGUGAAAUGUCAUCUCACACUUCCCACGCAGGACUUCACCUCUUUGUGAGGUGUCUGGAACAAGGACAAGAUGGAACAUGUUGUGAAAAUGUCCUCAUUUCCUGUUUGUAUCAGAUAUUUGUGGCGCAUACAAUAUCCAACUUUCCACAUAGUCAUUCCUCUGGUUUACAUACGUUAUGAUGAAAGUGUACACAAGAUUAUUUAUUUGUAUGCUUAUUGUGUAGUUUUUUUAUGUUGUUUUUAAAUUUCUCAAAAUCAAACAUUUGAAAUAAAUGUCAAUGGGAAAAGUGGUUUAGUAAAGGUCAUUCAUAAAACUGAACUGAGGUCAGUAGGCUAAAAGUGGAAGGUAUAGAUACCAGAAAGACUGGUUGUGUGGUAAAAAAUAGACCUUAGGUGUUAGAGUGCACUUUAACUCUAAAAUAAAUAUCAACACAUUCCUUGCUGUUUGUGGUCUGUACAGUUGGAUUUGUAACAACUUAUGAUGUUGUGAACACCACAACUGUCAGAUCCUUUCAAAGUGGAGAUGUACUGUAUGUUUGUAUGUUCAUGUAUAUUAAAAAAAAAAAAAACAUAAUUAUGAGUGCCAUGUACCUUUAAGUGAUGUUACUAGCCCAUGUAGUGUAAUGUGUAUAAACAUAAUUAAAGGAUCUCAAAC